UUCUGAUUGAUCGGGCUAACAAAAAGAUCGGUCAGUUUUAUUACAGUUUCGGGUACUUGGGCGAUUGGAGGCGUGGUGAGGAAGGAGAUCGACUAGGGUUUUAGGACGGUUCGCCGCCUCUCCUCCUUUGGAAAGUGCAUCCAGAUUCCUCUCCCCGCAGGAUCCGUGGCACUGUUCCCGUGAUCAGUGUUCGCUUUUACGUUGGAAUCCGGUGGAUUUUGACCAGCAGAGAUGGGCGCCGUCGAGGACGAACUCGGGAACUACGAGAUCAUCAAGGAAGGGGAGGCAGAGAUCCUUAUGCAUUCCAGUAACACCGUCUUCUUCAACAAGGCUCAGGUAUACAAUCGGGAUAUGUCCAUUGCUGUUUUGAGGACAUUUAUUGAUAAGCAGAAAGAGGAGCAUGAUGCAUAUUUAAGCAAAAAGAAAAAACCUUUAAACAAGAUUCCCAAUGGCAAAUCUUCUGAGCCUGUUACCUUAGAUGGAAGUUCAAGUGCCAUUGAAGAUGAAAAAACUAAUGGAGCUACUGCAGAAAAAGCCAAUGAAGGGAUUGAAGUACAACAUACUCAGUAUGAUGGCGAAGCAAAAUAUAUUCCAGACAGGGAAGAAACAACUGCUUCAGAAGAAUGCAUAAAUAUUCCUUUGAGAGGAAAACAAGAACCUAAGGCACCUAAAGUUCUUGAGGCUUUGGCAGCUUCCGGAUUAAGAGCUCUGCGAUAUGCCCGUGAAGUAGAAGGGAUUGGGAAAGUUAUUGCUCUAGACAAUGACAAAGCAUCAAUUGAGGCUUGCAAUAGAAAUAUAAAAUUUAAUGGUUCUGUCACUUGCUCAAAAGUAGAGGCUUAUCUUGCAGAUGCUCGAGUUUAUAUGCUCACUCAUCAGAAGGAAUUCGAUGUGGUGGAUCUCGAUCCUUACGGUUCACCGUCUGUAUUUCUGGACUCAGCUGUACAAUCCGUUGCCGAUGGAGGAAUUCUGAUGUGUACCGCUACUGAUAUGGCAGUUCUUUGUGGAAACAAUGGAGAGGUUUGCCAUUCAAAGUAUGGCUCCUAUCCUGUGAAAGGGAAAUAUUGCCAUGAGAUGGCAUUGAGGAUCCUCCUUGCAUGCAUUGAGAGUCACGCAAAUCGCUACAAGCGAUACAUUGUCCCUAUCAUCUCUGUUUAUAUGGAUUUCUAUGUCCGAGUUUUUGUUCGGAUAUUCACCUCAGCAAGUGCAAUAAAAGAUACACCUCUUAAACUCUCAUACGUUUACCAGUGUGUGGGUUGUGAUUCUUUCCAUCUCCAAAGUCUUGGGAGGACUAUUUGUAAGGAUAAUAGCGUCAAAUCUGCUCCUGGAUAUGGUCCUGUGGUUCCUCAAGAGUGCAAUGAUUGUGGAAAGAGGUUUAACAUGGGUGGUCCUAUUUGGUCUGCUCCGAUUCAUGACAAACAAUGGAUAAAUUCCAUUUUAGCUAACGUUAAAGCUAUGAAGGAAAGAUAUCCUGCUUAUGAGAAAAUUUCUGCUGUGCUCACUACUAUCUCAGAGGAACUACACAAUGUUCCUCUCUUUGUGAGUCUCCACAGUUUAUGUUCAACACUCAAGUGCACUUCCCCGCCUGCAGUUGUGUUCCGCUCUGCAGUCAUCAAUGCUGGGUUUCAAAUUUCAGGAAGUCAUGUGAAUCCUUUGGGGCUCAAAACCGAUGCUCCAAUGGAUGUCAUUUGGGACAUCAUGCGUUGUUGGGUAAAGAAUCACCCUGUCAAGGCACAACCACAAGACAAUUCAGGAACAGUAAUACUCGCCAAAGAACCAAAACUGCAAGCAAAUUUUGCCCGAGCAGCUGCUUCACUCAGCAAAGCGAAAGUUAAAAAGGAGGUAAGAUACCUGCCUAACCCAGAGAGGCAUUGGGGGCCUAAGGUUAAGGCAGGGAGGCAAAUUACAAGCAAGCAUUCCUCUUUAUUGGGCCCUGACAUAGUGACCAAGUCUCUUGGCAAAGAAGCUGAAACUGAAGAAGUUCGGGAGGUAGAACAAGAUGAACAAACUGCAAAUUCAAUUCAAGAAGGGCCUGCUACGAAGCGACAAAAGACUUCAAUUACAGUGACAACUGAUUGCUGAGGGAUCGUCGUCGUCAUUGUCGUCGUCCUCUUGCUAGUCGUCACGACUGUUUGGAUUUGGAUAGUCUUGAAAUUUGAUUGUGCUUGAUUGUUGUGGUGGUUUUGAUCUAGGUGCAGUCCUGUCAUACAGAAUAGUUGAAAUGUAUUAUUCUUUUUGAGUUAAAUAUGACAGGGUCAAAUAUAGAACGAUCAUCUGCAUUCUUGAACGCACGAAUGAGUUGCACCUUUUCUUUUUA